AUUGCUAUUUAUUAUUUUCAACAAACUCUCUCUCUCUCUCACUCUCUCUCUCUCUCUCCAUCUCUAUAUCAACCCCUCUCUAAUCCGACGGCCUCCAAACAGCCGGAGAUGGACGGCCACGAUCAUAUGCACGGCGGCGGCGGCGGCGCCACCGCCGCGGGGAUGGCGGGGGCCAACGGGACUACGCACCUCCAUCACGUGAUGAUGCACAUGACCUUUUUUUGGGGUCAUAACACCGAGAUUCUCUUCGCCGGAUUUCCUGGCUACGGCCGCGCCGGGAUCUACGUCCUGGCGCUGGCGAUGGUCUUCGUGGUGGCCGCCGCCGUCGAGUGGCUGUCGGCGACCGAUCUCCUCCGUGGCUUAUCGGACCACUGGGCUGCGCCGCUGCUGCGGACGGCGCUGCACGUGGUCAGGACUGGACUCGCCUAUCUGGUCAUGCUCGCACUCAUGUCCUUCAACGGCGGCGUUUUCAUGGCGGCCGUCGCCGGCCACGGCGCCGGUUUUUUCUUGUUUGGGAGGAAGCGGUUCGACCGGCCGGCGACGACGACGACCGGCGAUUCCGGGAAGAUUUAUUAUCUCUUUGCCGUCACCGGCAGCUCGACGAUGCAAGAGGGGGCAGAGGUGGCAACGGCGAACUAAAGCUCUUCGGGUAUGACUAAUUAACAUAUGUUUAAACUAUUUUCAAGAAUUGUCGUAAUUUGUAAAAAGAAACUUAUAAUUUGUUAAGUCAUGUGAACAAAGUUGAAGAUGAUAGUUUUUUUUUUUUUUUUUAAAGAAAAAGUAUUGUUGAUUUUGAUUUAAAAUCACAACUAAAUUUAUUUCAAAAUUAGGUAUUUUGUGUUUAUAGUUUAUAUGUAAUAGUUUAAUAUGAAAUAAUAUAAUUUUUAUAAGAAUAUAAUUUACUACGGUUGUUUAAUAAAUAAAUGGAAUAUAUAUAAAUAUAUAUAUAUAUAUAUAGAGAGAGAGAGAGAGAGAGUGAGAAAUAAAGAAAGUCAAGCUAUUACAGAAGUGAAUGGGUUCGGGUAGACUCGAUAUUUAACUUGGAUAUGAUCUAUUUAUUUGAACUCGAAUUUAAGUAUUCGAGUAUUGACUUGAUUAAUAUAUUAAUAAUAUAUAAAUUAUGUAAAAGAAAAAAUAAUAAUUUUUAACAAUAUAAAAUAUAUUAAAAUUAUUUUAUUUAUUUAAUUUUUAUUAUUUUAUUAUAAUAUUUUUGAAUAAAAUACAUAAAUUUUAAUAUAUAUUGGGUCUGGACUCGAGUUCGGGUCCAAUUUUAAGUUAAAAUUUAAGAAUCGCAAAAGAGUUUUGCGAGUCUAUUAAGUCUAUCGGUUAUUAUCGGAUAUUGUUCUGGUUGAGUCCGAGUAUUGUGGUCCAAUUUGGGUCUCGGUUCCAACAAUAUGUAUUCGAGUUGAAUCUUGAGUCCAUCUAGAUCCGACUCAUACCCGAUUCAUUGUCAUCCCUACAAGCUAUUUUCAAAUAAUGUAAAGCAAAUGUUGACAUGUUGAAUGAAAAUGGGAAUGAAAAGAAUAGCAUAAUUUUUACGAGUUUGUUUGGUUGUAGUUUGAAUUCUAUUUGAAAUGAGACGUUUGAUUUGAAUUUUUGUUUAAA